GCCGCAUGUUAAGAUAACCUUGAACUGAUUGUAUACUAAUUCUAAUUUCUAAUUGUACUUUUAUGAUUCACUGUUCAAAUCGUCUGACAUUUUGAUAUUGUAUAACAUGUUUGCAUAACAGGUUGAAUAAUACAUUAUUUAUGAAUAACCAAGUUAAUAAAUAUUAAUAUGGUAGAUUGUCAGUGUGCUGUUUUGAUGCCCGUCAUCGUGGCUAUUGGAGUAAUUGUCGGUGUAAUUGUUUUAAAGAAAGUGCUAAAUAAAUCUAAAAAACCGGGCGUUAAAAAGACACUUCUAGAUCCCAAUGUAAAAUAUGCUUUACCUUUGAUAGAAAAAGAAGAAAUAAGUCAUGAUACUAGGAGAUACAGAUUUGGAUUACCUUCUGCUGAACAUGUUUUAGGACUUCCAGUGGGUCAGCACAUACAUUUGUCUGCAACAAUUAAUGAUGAACUUACAGUACGUUCAUACACACCUAUUACAAGCGAUGACCAUAAGGGAUAUGUGGAUUUAGUUGUUAAAGUUUAUUUUAAAAAUGUACAUCCCAAGUUUCCAGAAGGUGGCAAACUGAGUCAACAUUUAGAGUCUUUAGAAUUGGGUGAUACAAUUGAUGUGCGAGGUCCAUCAGGAAGACUGAUUUAUUUAGGUGCUGGAAAUUUUUCAAUCAAAAAGUUACGUAAAGAUCCACCUGCUCUAGUUCAUGCAAAACGAGUAAAUAUGAUAGCUGGUGGUACAGGAAUUACACCAAUGCUUCAGUUAGUUGAGGAAAUUGUUAAAAAACCCUCAGAUCAAACUGAAAUCGCUUUGAUAUUUGCAAACCAGACUGAAAAGGAUAUAUUAGUGCGUGAUAGAUUGGAAGAAAUUGCUAAAAAUGAUCCAACUCAAUUUAAAUUAUGGUAUACUCUUGAUAGCCCACCAGACAAUUGGAAAUAUAGCACUGGUUUUAUAAACUCAGACAUGAUUGCAGAACAUUUGUUUCCUCCUUCCGAUGAUACUCUAGUGCUUAUGUGUGGUCCUCCACCAAUGAUCAAAUUUGCAUGCCAGCCUAGUCUGGAUAAAUUAGGAUAUAAUCCUGAAAUGAGAUUUGCCUAUUAAUUUAGUUAUGUACAUAUUUCAGAUAUUAUUUUUAUACAAAUAUUUAUUGAAAUGUUAUUAUGUAUAUAAGAGAGAAAAGACACUUAUGGCAUUCUGGUAUUUAUGUUCAUUUUAAUAGUAAGCUUUUUUAUUUAUAGAAUGUAAUUUAAAUUGUAUCCUGGUAGAAAGUGCUUUAUAAAAGACUAUUGAUAAAA